AUGGAUCCGGUUACUUUAGUUGUAGGGUCCGCUCUAGGAGCAGCAUUUGAAAUUCUGUUUUCUGCCGUUCUAAAAGCGAAGAGCACAGCCAAUAUGUUUCAAACACACCUCGGAAAUCUCAAUGCCACGCUAGACUCGUUAAAACCAGUGAUUAUACAGCUAGAAUCUGCCAAUCGUUUGGUUCCCCUGGAGAAGAGCCUAGAAAAUUUUACAACAAAAAUGGAGGAGGGCAAGCAGCUGGUUGAUGAGUGCUGUGAGGUGUGGAGGAUCAACCUCAUCAAACAGAGUGAAUACAAAGACAAAAUUCUGGCGUUGGAUGGCUCUAUUCAAAGACUCUUAAGUAUACUGACAUUGCAGUUAGUAAGCCAUCAAGCUAUGCUGCUCAACCGAAUUGAUGGAAAUGUUGUGGCACAAAAUCAAAACCAAUUUGGAGUUCGGUGUGCAGUACCUCCGCUUCCACUGGUUACUGUUGGAUUGAAGGAGCCUUUGGAUGAUCUGAAGAUGAAGCUUCUUAAGGAUGGACCGGUGUCAAUAUUUGUGCUCACGGCUCCUGGAGGAUGCGGGAAAACCACUUUGGCAACAGUGUUUUGUCAUGAGCCGGAAGUCAUAGAUAAGUUCAAGGAAAAUAUCUUCUUUGCCACUGUUUCAAAUAAGCUCAGCUACCUUAUUGUUCAAGAACUAUGGGAACAUACGGGAAUGCAGGCACCUGCUUUACCAAAUGAAGAAAUUGCAUUUAAAUGGCUGCAAAAGUUUGUGACGGAAAGAGGACAAAAUCCUUUACUAUUGGUCUUGGAUGAUGUUCAAUCUGGAUCAGAAUCCCUUCUUGACAAGUUUAAUGAAUUCCAAAUGCCAAGUUACAAGGUUUUGGUGACAUCAAGAUGUCAAUUUCCAAAAUUUGGUCGUCCAAAUUCUCUAGAAACAUUGAAAGAUGAAGAUGCAAUGGAUCUUUUUCGUCGUUCAGCAUUCCUACCAAAUACGAGCUCUAUCAUACCAGAUGGUAUUCAGAAUCAGAUCGUAAAGUUGUGUAAGAGAUUUCCACUUGCCAUUACAGCGAUCGGGAACUCACUUUGCAAUCAACCAAUAGAGAUCUGGAGAAAAAGACUACUGGAAUUGUCUAAAGGUUCUUCUAUUCUUGAGGCAGACCGAAAGUUGCUUGUUUACCUCAAAAGUUGCUUGGAUGACUUGGAUAAAGGAAUGACUACCGUCAAGGAUUGUUUCAUAGACCUUGGUGUAUUUCCUCAAGACCAAAUAAUCCCUGUUACUGCCCUCCUUGAUAUGUGGGCAGAGUCAUAUGAGGGAGCUGAAGAUUUUAUGUCCAUUGCAAACCUCUACGAGCUCACCACUCGCAAUCUGGCCAGUCUUGUAGUCACAAGGAAUGAGGAUGCGGAUGGCUACUAUAGUGAACAUUUUGCUAUCCAACAUGGUAUGCUUAGAUCGCUAUCAAUCCAUGAGAGUCGUCAAGACCCGAUCGGACAGAGACUGAUUAUAGACAUACAUGGAGACGAGCUUCCAACGUGGUGGAAAGAGAAUAAGCAUAAAACGAAGAAGGCUCGAUUAGUAUCUAUUUCAACUGAUGGAUUGCACUCACCAAAAUGGCACAACAUGCAUCUACCAAAGGCUGAGGUUCUAGUUCUUAAUUUUCAGACAGAGAACUAUGGUCUGCCCAAAUUCGUGAAGAAAAUGUCCAAGUUGAAGGUUCUAAUAGUCACAAAUUAUGGUGUCUUCCAAGCUGACUUGAGUAAUUUCAAGCUUUUGGGUUCUUUGCCUAAUCUGAAGAGAAUAAGAUUAGAGCGCAUUUCAAUUCCUUCCAUAAGCAAGAACUCCAUGCAGUUGAAGAGUCUGCAGAAGAUAUCUUUAUUCAUGUGCAGCAUCGGUCAAGCUUUUAGCAACUCUUCCAUCCAAAUCUUAGAGGCAUUUCCAAAUCUAGUGGAAAUGAACAUAGACUAUUGCAAUGAUCUGGUGGAAUUGCCUGCCAAGCUCUGUGAUCUUAUCCGCCUAAAGAAGCUCAGUAUUACCAAUUGUCAUAAGCUAUCUGCCUUGCCUGAAGAGAUUGGAAAGCUGGUCAAUUUGGAGGUAUUAAGGCUAAGGUCCUCCACAGAGUUGGAAAGGCUUCCAGGCUCGAUUAAGAACCUAAAAAAGUUAAGCUUUCUUGACAUAUAUAAUUGUUUGAGCAUUAAGAACUUGCCUGAAGAGAUUGGUGAAAUGAGUGGUUUAAGAAAGAUCAACAUGGGACAAUGCUCAAGACUGCAAGAGUUGCCUCAAUCAGUUUUGAAUCUUAAGGAGUUACGGGAAGUGAUAUGUGAUGAAGAGACAGAAAACUUAUGGGGGGAGCCUUUCAAAUCCAGUCUCAUAAACAUAAACAUAACAGUGGCAAAAGAACAACACAACCUUAAUUGGCUCUACUACAAGCCUUAA